AUGAGCUUCCAAAUCGAAACGGACAUUCUCAUAGUCGGUGCCGGACCGGCGGGAGCUUCCCUUGCAGCCUUUUUAGGCCAGAAUGGCCUGAAUGGACUUGUCAUAUCCAAGGCCUCUUCCACGGCGUAUACUCCUAGAGCCCACGGGUUCAAUCCUUUCGCUGCCGAGUGUCUCCGCGAUAUCGGUCUUGAGGAGGAGGUGCUACGCCUCGCUAUACGUGGGCCCCUUUAUCUUUCUAUGCGCUUUGCUCGAAGCUUCAUUGGGCAGGAAUAUGGAAGAAUCAUGGCGUGGGAGGAACAUCCAACAGUCUCGCGCCACCAGGGUAAACGAAAGGAAGUGACGCCGUGUGAAUACGUUGACUUCACGCAGCGUCACCUUGAGCCGCUACUACUACGCUUUGCUUCUCAUCAUGGUUUCGUUAUACGAUUUUCAACCGAGAUAAUCGGUGUUGAGACUGCCAAGGACGACUCUGGCAGGCCGUGGUCUAUUUGUACUAUCCAGGACCAUGUCACGAAGCAAUCGUUCCGAGUUCGCACCAAGUACCUUUUUGCAGCAGAUGGCGCACGUAGUUGGACGGCGCGCGCAUUCGACUUCAGGUUCUCAACAAAGCCUGGAGGGCCGAAAGCUUGCAACGUGUUGCUCCGUGCGGACCUUACCCGUCUCUUGCCUAAGGAGCGACACACUGGAUUACACUGGAUCAUCAAGCCUGAUCGAACUAUAUUUCCCGGUGUCGUUGCACAUCUGCGAGCUGUUUGGCCUUGGAAUGAAUGGGUUAUGGUGGCUUUUGGCCCAGGGGGAUCCAACCCAUUCGACGGGCUAACGCGUGAGAGCCCUGGGCUUGUUGCCUUUGUGCGAGACCUCAUCGGUGAUAGUUCCAUUUCCGUCGAAAUCCUCCAGCUCGAUCCUUGGACGGUCCGUGAAAGCGUCGCUGAAACAUACUCGAUAGCCGACCGCAGUGUUUUUAUCCUCGGUGAUGCGGCACACCGACAUCCACCCACAUUUGGACUGGGGAGCAACACAUGCAUCCAGGAUGCCUACAACCUCGGGUGGAAAGUAGCGUACGUUUUGAAAGGUCUGGCCGGUCCCGGUCUUCUGGACUCGUACCGCCGGGAACGACAGCCGGUAGGCGCUGCCAUUGUCCGCGAGUCUAACAACCAGAUUCGAAAGAAUGGUGAUCUCUUCGGUGUCCUUGGGAUGGCCGUACCACCUGAGGAGGGCAUCAAGCAGCUUGCAGAGUUGUCGCAGUCGACUACCACUGGCGCAGACCGGCGAGCAAGACUGCAUGAGGCUUUAGAGGCAAAGACACAGGAGCUUGAGAGCCUUGGGUUGGCCUACAAUCAAUGGUAUACCUCUGAAGCUGUGUACCUUGACGAUGAGUGCGAGCCUCGACCUGCUUUGAAGGAUGACCCAAUUGUCACGGUGCAGAUCAGCUCGUACCCUGGUAGUCGAUUGCCCCAUGCAUGGAUUGAUGUGCCCGCCCGUACAAAGAUGAUAUCGACUUUGGACAUCGCCGGAAAGGGGUCCUUCUGUUUGUUGGUAGGUACAGAGAGCGAAUGCUGGAGAACUGCUGCCAAAAACAUCCAGGAAUCCACUGGCAUCCCUAUUCAUGUCUAUGGAAUUGGGCAUGGGCAGGAAUACAUCGACGUGUACCGCGACUGGCACAAGAAACGAGGAGUUGGCGACGACGGUUGCGUUUUGGUUCGACCUGAUAGAUUCAUUGCCUGGAGGUCUGUUGGUAAGGCCCAAGACUGCCAACAGACAUUGACGGCUGUCCUCGACAAGAUCCUAUCUAGACAUGAGCUGUAA